AUGAACAUGGAUAAUACAUUGAAUGAAUCCGGUCCAUCUCGACCAAAACGGUUAUGCAGUAUGAAUCGAAAUUAUGAACAACAAAUUGAGCAGAUGCUUUUUAAUUCUGAUAGUGACGAAAAUUAUGAUUUUACCGAUUCUGGUAGUGAAUAUGAAUUUGAAAAUACUGAACAAGUGUCUGACGAUUUUGAGAGUGAUACUGAGAUCGCGAAUAAUGUACCAAGUGUAAAUACUCAAUCAUCAACAAAUACUAAUAAUGACGGUGACUGGCAAGAGGAAGAAAUUGAAUUAUCUAAUUUUCCUUUUAUAAAACGAAACGAAAUGCUUGUUCCGAUAGAAGGCAAAAUAAAUCCUAUAGAUUAUUUUUUUAUGCUUUUCGAUGAACAUUUUAUAAAACUAUUGGUUGAUGAAACGAAUAAUCAUGCUGAAACCGAGUUUUUACGUGUUGGUAGUGCACCACGUUCUCGUAUCUCCGAUUGGAAACCAACAGAUAAAGACGAAAUGUUAACAUUUAUUGCAUUGAUAAUUCACACUGGUACCAUAAAACUCAACAGAUUGAAUGACUAUUGGAAAACACAUCACCUUUUCAACUUUUCUUGCUUUUCAAAUUAUAUGAGUCGUGAUAGAUUUUUAAAUUUAUUAAGAUGUUUUCAUUUUGCACUAAAUAUUGAAACUAAUAAUCAAAACCUACCUGAGGAUCGCUUAUAUAAAAUUAGACCUUUAAUUACAUAUUUCAAUAACAAAAUGAAUACCAUAUAUUAUCCCAAAAAAGAACUUUCACUUGAUGAGUCCAUGGUGUUAUGGAGAGGCCGUCUCCAGUUUCGUCAAUACAUUCAAAAUAAACACCAUAAAUAUGGAAUUAAAUUAUAUAUGCUUACGGAACCUCAUGGAUUGGUAUUAAAAUUUGCCGUUUAUGUAGGAGUACUCGAUGACUUGGGAGGAAAAGGCCAUGUAGCUAAUGUGGUUUUGCAUUUAAUGUCCGAAAAGCUAAAUAACGGCCAUGCAUUAUACAUGGACAAUUUCUACAAUAGUUUUGAUUUAGCUUCCAAAUUAAUUGAAAAAAAAACGUUUUGUACUGGAACGUUAAGAUUGAACAGAAAAAAUACACCACAGGAUGUUGUAGAGUCAAAAUUAAAAAAAGGUGAAACCGCUGCCAGGUACUCUCAAGGUGUUAUGAUUGGAAAGUGGAAAGAUAAAAGAGAUGUUGGUUAUAUUUCCACCGAAUUUAAAAAUAAUUUAAUUCUUUCCAAAAACCGAAACGGUAAAGAACAAUUUAAACCUGAACCUAUCUCAAAUUAUAAUCGUUUUAUGAGUGAAAUUGAUCGGCAAGACCAAAUGCAUAGCUAUUAUCCAUUUACUAGAAAAACAAUCCGUUGGUAUAAAAAAAUUGGUAUACAUAUAAUACAAAUGUUAUUGAUGAACUCAUUUUAUUUAUAUAAUCAAUAUCACACCGGACCUAAAAUAUCAUUGUAUGAUUUUCGAUUAUCCAUACUCAGUGAACUUUUGCCCAAAAAUCCAAAACCUAGAUCUUUUUCAGUAUCACAUACUAAUCAUUUCCCAAAAACUCACGAUGUUGGAAAAUCUGGAAGACCUAACAGAAAAAGAUGUCAUCUGUGUUAUUCUAAAGGGAUAAGAAAAGAUACAACAUACUUCUGUCCAAGCUGUCCGGAAAAGCCCAGUCUUUGUCAUCAACCAUGUUUCAAAAAUGUCCAUAAAUAG